UUUUAGGCAUUUCCUGUGUGUGUAGGGUUGCCAGGAUACUGUAAACAACUGAUCUAGCAGUGCUGGAUCAUCACAGCAGAGGCAUCAUGGAGAUCGUGUACGUCUACACGCGGAAACGCAGCGAGUUUGGGCGGCAAUGCAACUUUUCGGACCGGCCGGCGGAGCUGCACGUGGAUAUACUCCCCGACCCGUCGCAAGCGCUGAACUUCAUCGAGAGGAACCCGUGUGACAUGGGCAUCCAGUGCGCCCACAACAUGUCCGAGCACGAGGUGAACACAGAAAGGUUUGAAAUGGAGGCGCGAGGAGUUAACCACGUGGAAGGCGGCUGGCCGAAAGACAUCAACCCGCAAGAAAUGGAACAGACCACCCGUUACCGGAAGAAAGUGGAGAAGGACGACCAUUAUAUCACCACCAUCACUCAGCUGGGCGGCGUGAUGGAGCACUGCAUCAAGCAGAACAACGCCAUCAAUAUUUAUGAGGAGUACUUCGAAGAAGAGGAGGAGCUGGAGGGAAUGGAUGAGGCGCCUUCUGCAAAGACCAUUAAUGUGUUCAGAGACCCCAAUGAGAUCAAGCGCACUGCCACCCAUCUCUCCUGGCACCCUGAUGGUGGCAGGAAACUGGCAGUGGCUUAUUCCUGUCUGGAGUUCCAGAGGGCCCCCAAAGACAUGAGCUAUGACUCGUAUAUCUGGGAUAUUGAGAAUCCAAACAAGCCGGAGCUGACUCUGAAGCCUGCGUCACCGCUGGUCAGUUUGGAAUACAACCCCAAAGACUCCCACAUCCUGGUCGGAGGCUGCUACAAUGGACAGAUCACUUAUUGGGACACCCGGAAAGGUGGUCAGCCGGUGGAGCUGUCUGUGAUUGAGCAUAGUCACCGUGAUCCUGUGUACAAGGUGAUAUGGCUGCAGUCAAAGACCGGCACAGAGUGUUUCUCCACUUCCACAGAUGGACAGGUCUUAUGGUGGGACAUACGAAAAAUGAGCGAGCCAACAGAAAAGCUGAUUCUGGACAUCACAAAGAAAGGGAACCUUGACUUGGCUUUGGGUGGCAUCUCCCUAGAGUUUGAGCCAACCAUACCAACCAAGUUCAUGGUGGGAACAGAACAAGGCAUGGUGAUAUCCUGCAACCGAAAGGCCAAGACCCCAGCAGAGAAGAUUGUGUGCACUUACAGCGGCCACCAUGGCCCCAUCUACUCUGUACAGAGGAAUCCAUUUUUCCCCAAAAAUUUCCUGACAGUAGGAGACUGGACGGCCCGGAUUUGGUCGGAAGACUCUCGGGAGUCCUCCAUCAUGUGGACUAAGUAUCACACAAGUUACCUAACAGAUGCCGCCUGGAGUCCUGUCCGACCAUCCGUCUUCCUGACCACCAAGAUGGACGGCACCUUGGACGUCUGGGACUAUUUAUUCAAGCAGAACAACCCUUCCCUGAGCCUGAAGGUGUGUGAUGAGGCGCUCUACAGCCUACGCUUACAGGAUAAUGGACGCUUUGUAGCUUGCGGCUCUAAGAUGGGUCUGACAAGUCUGCUGGAGUUGUCUCCCGGCCUGUGCACCAUACAAAGAAAUGAGAAGAACAUUGCCACUGCGAUGUUUGAGCGAGAGACAAAGCGAGAGAAGAUCCUGGAGGCUCGACACCGAGAGAUGCGUCUGAAGGAGCGGAGCAAAGCUGAGCCGGGUAAAGAGGAGGAAAGCAAAGACGAUAAACCUGAGGAGAACAUGGAGGAGCUGAUCUCCAAGGCCGAGAAGGAAUUCUUUGAGAUCCUCGAGGCUGAGCGCAAGCGGCGAGAACAGGAAGUGAAGAAACAGGAAGAGGAGGAGGAGCAGGAAAAGGAAGUGUCCGAGGAGAAGGAGAUACUUGUACAGGCCUGAGCCAGCACUUAAUGCCACCACCACUCCACAAGAGGCUGCAGUCAUACUGUCUUUUAUUUUUCUCUUAUUUUGUAUUUUUUUUUGUAUUUCAAAUGUGGGAAUA